UGGCCAAUUCCAGUAUUUACUACCGAACUGCAUUUGCAGUUGGAGGGAUGACUUGCUCUUCUUGUGUGCAAUCGAUAAAGAAUACUGUCUCGCUAUUGAGUCAUCGUAUUUUCUCCGUGAACGUCUCGUUGGAGUCUGAAUCAGCCACAGUCAAACACGCACGAGAAAUAACAACAGAUGCGAUAUGUCGUUCUAUUAUUGAUGCUGGAUUUGACUGCUCCGUGACGGAAUCUGAGCGUUUAUCAUUUCACGAGAGUCAUUAUGAUGUUGUCGGGAUGACGUGUGAUUCGUGUGUUCAUACAAUUCGCAGAGGGCUGUUGGAUGUGGAUGGAGUUCUUAGAGUGGACUUGUCGCUCAGUGAGCGAUUGGCUUCUGUUGAACAUGAUGUGAAUGUUUUGCCUGAUGUAUUGGCUGAGAGAAUUAGGGAGAUGGGAUUCGAUGCUUAUCCUGCAUGUAGGGUCAAGAUUGCAGACAAGAGAGGACAAGGGGAGAUUAGUGAACAGACGACUCUUCUUCCUGGCAACGUUUCUGAUAGAAAGAAAAGGCAGCGUGACAGUAUUGAGCCAGUAAUGUCGACAGAGCAACUGGUGCAUGUGCGUAUUACUGGCAUGACAUGUGCCUCAUGUGUUGCGGCUAUUGAAGGAGCUCUCAUGAAUAUGAAAGGUGUUCAGUCAGCUCUUAUUGGUCUCAUGGCUGAGAGGGGUGAGGUGAUGAUUAAUUCUCAGCAGACUACGCCAGAUGCUGUAGUUGAGAAAAUAAAUGAUUUGGGCUAUGAGUGUACACUGAUUGAUAAAGUGGAAGAUGGCAAAGUGGAGCUCUUGAUAUCUGGUAUGACAUGUUCGUCUUGUGUACAACUCAUUGAGUCAUCGCUCAAACGACUUGAGGGCAUUGAAGAAGCAUCUGUGGCUCUGGCCACAAUGAAGUGUGUUGUGCAAUACAAACCUGAAAUUUUAGGUGUUCGGAAGAUCAUUCAAACAAUUGAGGAUGCUGGACACUUUACAGCUACAUUGGCUAGUGCUGGUCAAGGAGAAGAGCGGCUGUCACACAAGAAGGAAAUUCGGCAGUGGCGCAAUUCGUUUUUGCUGUGUCUUCUUUUUGCCAUACCAACAAUGGGUGUCGCUAUGGGACUGGAGGGUAAAUGCCCCGAUCUUAUUGCACCAGGUUUAUCAGUCAGAAAUUGUAUUCUCUGGAUAUUCUGCACAAUUAUUCAGUUUAUUGGUGGAGCAUAUUUCUACCUGUCUGCUUUCAGAGCUCUCAAACACAAGUCAACAAAUAUGGAUGUUCUCAUUAUGCUGGCAACUACAAUUGCUUAUGUUUAUUCGACAAUUGUGACCAUUGUUGCAAUGGCUAAAAAAGACAAAGUUCCUGUUGUCUUUUUUGAAACACCAGUGAUGUUGCUAGUGUUUGUGGCUCUUGGACGUUGGCUGGAACAUGUUGCAAAGGGCAAGACAUCUGAAGCCUUGGCAAACCUGAUGUCUCUUCAAGCCAGUGAAGCAACACUUGUGUCUCUUGGUCCCAAAGAUAACAUUGUUUCUGAGGAAAUAAUUGAUAUUCAGUUGCUUCAGAGAGGAGACAUUGUCAAGGUCAUCCCUGGUGGCAAGAUACCAGCUGAUGGUCGUGUUUACUUGGGUGACUCUAUGGUAGACGAGUCAAUGCUUACUGGAGAAUCAAUGCCUGUUCGCAAACAACCAGAAGACAUUGUAAUGGGUGGAACAGUCAAUUUACACGGUCUCUUGCUGGUGAAGGCAACACACGUAGGAAGAGACUCAGCAUUAUCUCAAAUAAUUCGUCUCGUUGAAGAUGCACAGUCUUCAAAAGCUCCCAUUCAACGAUUUGCAGACAAAAUCGCAGGCUUUUUUGUUCCCUUUAUUAUUAUUGCAGCCAUUUUGACGUUUACCAUUUGGAUCUCAAUUGGAAUUGUUAAUUAUGAUCCGAUCAAUGACUUCACCAAGCGCAGGAUUGAUGACAAUGCAACAAAGAACGGAAGUUGCAAUAGAGAAUAUCCCAAUCAGAGCGAGAGCUAUUUUGCAAUGGAAUUUGCUUUUCAGACAGCCAUCACUGUGUUGUGUAUUGCAUGUCCUUGUGCUUUGGGUCUUGCCACACCUACAGCAGUUAUGGUAGGGACGGGGCAAGGAGCGAGGCAGGGAAUACUAAUCAAAGGAGGCGAACCACUAGAAAUGGCUCAUAAGGUGCGAACUGUUGUGUUUGAUAAAACAGGAACUUUGACUCACGGCAAGCCUCGUGUUGUCCACAGCCAGAUGCUACAUCAAGUCUCGUCAAGUGAACAACUCUUGCUGCUUGCAGCUAUUGGAACAGCCGAGGCUAGCAGUGAGCAUCCUUUAGGAGUUGCCAUAUGUGAGCAUGCCAAGGAAGAAUGUGGUGUGGAACAUCUUGGUCAAGUGACUGACUUUGAAGUCGUCCCUGGAUAUGGACUAGUGUGCACAGUAUUUGGGUUGGAUGCAGUCAUGAAACAGAGUAGCAAACUUGGUGCCAGUUUUGACUUAUGGCGUAAGUUGUCUGAAGGUGAGGAUCACCGUUAUCAUGUCUUGGUUGGCAACUGUGAGUGGAUGAACAAGAAUCAGAUUUCUGUUUCUAUGGAGACUCAAGAGGCAAUGAAAGAAUUUCAACAUCUUGGACACACCGUUGUGCUGGCAGCUGUUGAUGGGAAAGCUAGUGCUUUGAUGACUAUUGCUGACACCAUCAGGUUAGAUGCGAUAGAUGCUGUGGCUGAACUACAUCGAAUGAGAAGCAAAGUUGUCAUGCUGACUGGAGACAACAAAAGAACAGCACGAGCCAUUGCAGAUCAGGUUGGAAUCAGUGUCGUGUUUGCUGAAGUUCUGCCGUCACACAAGGUGGAGAAAGUUUGUGCACUUCAAGAAGAGGGAACACAUUGUGUUGCAUUUGUGGGAGAUGGUGUCAAUGAUUCACCUGCUCUCGCACAAGCAGAUGUUGGUAUAGCCAUUGGUAGUGGAACUAACGUAGCCAUGGAAGCCGCAGACAUUGUGCUAAUUAGAGAUGAUUUAAUGGAUGUUGUUGCUGCUAUUGACUUGUCUCGUGUGACAGUUCGUCGUAUUCGUAUUAAUUUCUUUUGGGCAAUUGUAUACAACAUGAUUGGAAUUCCGCUCGCUGCUGGCAUCCUUCUUCCAGUUGGUUUCAUUAUGCCACCAUGGGUAGCCAGUGCUGCCAUGGCUAUGUCUUCUGUUUCAGUUGUUUGUUCAUCACUAAUGCUGAAAUGGUAUACUAAGCCACAGAAUCGAUCAAGCUAUUUGAAACCUGUGAAUGAGAAGUUUCCAGCAGUGAUUCCUAGAUGGGAAAACAGGCUCGUGUCAUAUGAAACAACUGUAUAGUCUAACAGUUUGCUGUAGAAUAUUACAAUUA